GUGCACAGGAAAACACGUGCUUCCCCUCUACGCAUGCGCCAGUCUACUAUGAUUCUAAUUUUCUUAGCUUCGGGAUUAUAAACACGUUGUAAAACCACACCGUAUCAUGUCUGCCAAAACAGAUUUUAAAAUCAACUCCCAAUUCGCAAAGAGAUAUGAUAAAUACCGACAGAAAGAAGAGCUGCAGAGGCUAAAGGAUCGAUAUGGAGACCGCGAUGUUGACAAUGAAUCGGAAUCAUCUGAGUCCAGUUCGGAAGACAGCGAAGUGGAGUUGGAUCCAGGGGUUGAAAGGGACUUUUACAGGACAUUGUCACUCCUAAAGAAGAAAGAUCCGAAGAUCUAUCAGAAAGAUGCGAAAUUCUACUCAGAAGACGCACCCAACACUGCUUUGAAACCAUCAACCUCAAAGUCAAGCGUGAAGCCCAUGUACCUGAAGGACUAUGAGCGUAAAGUCAUACUAGAGAAGGAAGGAAAAUAUGAUGAUGAGGAUAGUGACAGUGAUGAUGAGGAGGCAGCCAAAAGACUAGAAAGGGCCUCUUCCCCCAGCUACCUGCAGGAGCAGAAGCAGUUGAAAGAAAGUUUCCAAAAGUUCAUCCAAGACAGUGAUGAUGAAAAUGACGGCAGUGGGGAAGGAGUCUCCCAGUUGCUAAAGAGGAGGAUCAAAACACAGGAAGAACAGGACAAAGAGGAGGCAGACUAUGUGGAGUGGCUCAAAGGGCAGGUGGAUCUUGACGGACCGGAGGAGGUGAAGGACAUGAAAUACCUACGAGACUACUGGAAUGACCCGGAACUGGAUGAGAAUGAAUGUUUCCUUCGAGACUAUGUUCUAAACAAACGCUACAAAGAUGACGACGACGACGAUGAGAGGAUCCCGACAUAUGAGGAGGUGGUGCAGAACGAUGUGGAGGAUUCUGAAGAGGAAGGCGAGACCUUCUUGGAGCGGCAGCAGGACUUUGAGAGAAGCUACAAUUUCCGUUUUGAGGAGCCCGAUGCUCAUCAGAUCAAGACAUAUCCUCGCAACAUUGCCACUUCAGUGCGCUCCAAAGAUGAUCGCAGAAAACGCAAAAGGGAGGAAGUGAAAGAAAGGAAGGAGAUGGAGAAACAGCAUAAACGGGAGCAGCUGAAGCAACUGAAGAACUUAAAGCGAAACGAGAUCAUGGACAAACUGAAGAUGCUUCAGGAGCUUACUGGCAAUGACAAGCUAGCUUUUAGUCAAGCUGAUCUGGAAGGAGAUUUCAAUCCACAACAUCAUGACGAGCUCAUGCAGAAAUGUUUUGGGGACAAGUACUAUGGCGAGCAAGAAGAUGAGAAGCCUCAGUUUGAGGAUGAUGAUAACCUUGAGGAGCAGUGGAACUGGGACACGUGGACAGGAGAAGAGCAAGAAGAAACGUAUGGCGAAGAGGCGGACUAUGAUGCCGCAGAGCCGCACUGUGAUGACCAGGAUUUCAUCAUGGAUGCAGACUAUGACCAUAGCCAGAACGCAGUUUCUAAAAAGAAUAAAAAGGAGAGGAAGAAAAUGAAGAAGGCAGAUGUACCUCAGAUGGGCAAGAAGAAAAAGAAGUCUCACUUUGCAGAAGUGGUCACAAAAAACAAGCCCGUCUUUGAUCCUCAGGAGAAGAGUUUUGAGCAGUACCUGGAUGAAUACUAUAAACUGGACUAUGAGGACAUCAUUGACGACCUCCCAUGCAGGUUUCGUUACAGGCAGGUCCUGGCCAAUGACUUUGGUCUGUCCACUGAUGAGAUCUUGGGUGCUGAUGAUAAGGAACUCAAUCGAUGGUGCUCUCUGAAGAAGACCUGCAUGUUCAGAUCUGACCACGAAGAGAUGAAUGAUUUGAGGAACUACAAAAUAAAAUCACAGAAUGAUAAGAAAAGAGAAAUACUGAUGUCUGUAUAUUCUGACAGAAUGUAUAAAGAGGUGGCACCUGGGAAGACCAAGAUGGGAAAGAAGCGACGCGAUCGUGUGAAAAAUGCCGAGAGGCACAACAGAGAAGCUGAGGACAGUGACACAGCCUCUAUGAUGGAGACAUCGGACAAGACUGCACAAGCUCUUCGAGACUUUGGGUCUGAUGUAGAGGAACCUGAGGAGUUUCUGAAGAAAAAGAUCAAAGCAGAAGAGGAACCCCAGACACUUCCUGCUGAUGAAGCGGUUCAGGUUAAAGACAACGUUAAGACAAAAUGGGCGAAGAAGCUCAAGCAGCCAGGUGGACACCGCAAACCAGGAACAGUUGGAGUGAAAAUUGGAGGUCGGGAGUUUAGUAAACAGAGACUGAAGGCAUAUGGCUUGAAUCCUAAGAGACUGUUCUUCAGACAGCUCGGAAGGCAAAAACGGAAAGAGCAAGAGAAGAGAGAGAAGCGGAAAAAAAACACUGCUUAACAGAGUUACUGUUGAAUAGACUGAAAUAUUACAUUUUUAUGGUCCAAAUAUGUCAUUUAAUUUACCACUUUUUAUUUUAUUUUGUAUUAUUAAACCUUCUGUAGUAAAAUAGCAGUACAGGUGUGAUGUUUAAAAUGCUGACAUUCUAUUUUUUUUGGACUUUUGAUGAUGUUUUAAAUUGGAAAAUAAACAAAUCAGCUCUCUGUUCCAGUCUUCUGGGAAGAUGAUUUGGAGUGUUUUGUUAAAGCAAUUUCAUUUUGAUGGACGAAUAACAACUGAGUGUAAAUAGUGUUUGCCAUUAAAAACAUUACAUUUUU